GCGUAUGUGGGUCUGUGUCACUUGUCAAAAGUCACCAUCAAAAAUAAUUCCUUGAGCGAACGUAAUGUCUGUUAAUUAUAUGCUUUGUGGAUGAUCAAGUUAAUUAAUUUGAGUGUUUAGUUCCCACUAUGAAAUUUUGAUACACAUUGUGUUGUUUUAUCAAGACAAACUAAUUGAAUUCACGUUUGACGAUAGUCCUUGUAACCUGAAUCAUCACAGGUAAAUUAAAACUAAAAUACUGAGAAAUGGCAACUGGAACAACGUUACAAAAAGCCAUAGAAUUAGUGACAAAAGCCACCGAGGAAGAUCGCAAUAAGAAUUAUGAGGAAGCACUUAGGUUAUACGAACACGGAGUAGAGUAUUUCCUUCAUGCCAUCAAAUAUGAGGCACAAGGCGAAAAGGCGAAAGAAAGCAUCCGAGCCAAAUGCUGUCAAUACCUGGAAAGGGCCGAAAAAAUUAAAGAAUCCCUCAAGAAGGGCAAGAAGAAACCUAUCAAAGAUGGAGAAUCCGAUUCCAAGGAUGACAAAAAAAGUGACAGUGAUAGUGAUGGCGAUGACCCUGAGAAGAAAAAACUGCAAAACAAGCUUGAAGGGGCUAUUGUUGUGGAAAAGCCCCACGUGAAAUGGUCGGACGUUGCGGGGCUCGAUGCCGCCAAAGAAGCCCUAAAGGAGGCGGUCAUUCUCCCCAUUCGGUUCCCCCAUCUUUUCAGCGGGAAACGAGUCCCUUGGAAGGGAAUUCUCCUGUUUGGUCCCCCAGGUACGGGUAAAUCAUACCUAGCCAAGGCUGUGGCAACUGAAGCAAACAACUCCACCUUUUUCUCCGUGUCAUCGUCCGAUUUAGUUUCAAAAUGGUUAGGAGAAUCUGAAAAGCUCGUCCGAAAUUUAUUCGAGUUGGCGCGUCAGCACAAACCCAGCAUUAUUUUCAUUGACGAAAUCGAUUCUCUCUGUUCAUCCAGAUCUGAUAACGAAUCGGAAUCCGCCCGCAGAAUUAAAACCGAGUUUCUUGUGCAAAUGCAAGGUGUUGGUCACGACACUGAGGGAAUUCUCGUUUUGGGAGCUACAAAUAUCCCGUGGGUGCUCGAUGCUGCUAUUAGAAGACGGUUUGAGAAACGUAUUUAUAUUCCAUUGCCGGAGGAGCCGGCAAGAGCCACCAUGUUUAAACUGCAUUUAGGAAACACUCACACCACGUUAACAGAAGAGGACAUUAAGGAGUUGGGUAGAAGAACGGAUGGCUAUUCGGGGGCUGAUAUUAGUAUAGUUGUGCGAGAUGCUUUAAUGCAACCGGUCCGUAAGGUCCAAACUGCCACACAUUUUAAGAAAAUUAGAGGUCCGAGUCCUAAAGACCCCAAUGUUAUAAUUGAUGAUCUUUUGACACCUUGUUCGCCGGGCGAUGCGGGAGCCAUUGAAAUGACUUGGAUGGAAGUUGAAGGGGACAAACUUGCUGAACCACCUGUCACUAUGAACGACAUGCUGAGGUCUUUAGCCACAUCGAAGCCGACAGUGAACGAUGAAGACUUGACCAAAUUGGAAAAGUUCAAAGAAGAUUUCGGCCAGGAAGGCUAAAUUGUGAGAUUACUGUGAACGCUGAUUGAACUGUUUAGGAAACAUGAAUGUUUAUCUUAAAAAAUUUCCUCAUGUUUCGAUUGUACCCAAUAUUUGCUUUUAGUCGGUUUUUUCAAUAUAAUUUUUAAACAUGUAUUUUAUUUUUUAUUGUAAGUAUAAGAUUGCCUUAUUUCUUUAAAUAAAUUAUAUUUGUAACUAUAAACGUUAAUAAAAUGUGGAUACAUAUGCCUAAUACAAAUUGUCUUUUUGUUAACAGUGCACUGAAUCAAGUUGUAAAUAUUUGAAUGUAAUUAGCUCACUAUUUGCAAAUUAAUUAGCAUAUUUUCAGAUUUCAUGUUGGUUGUACCACUAGGAGCAAACUAUUAAAUUUCUUAUUUUUAUAUUGUAUUUUUAUUAUUUUAGUUUAAAUAAAGACAAUGUUUCACUUCA